GGCACUAAUGUGUGACACUGAAAGGCAGCUCAGAUGGGCACUGAUAUGUGGCAUUGAUGUACACUGGUAGGCACUGAUAUGUGGCAUUGAUGUGGCACUGGCAGGUGGCAUGGAUGAGCACUGAGAGCUGGCACUGAUGGACACUGACAGGUGGCACUGCUGGAGCUACACUGAUCAUAAGGGCACACUGAUCAUCAGUGCCCUGAUGAUCUGUUAUGUGGGGUCCUUAACCACAUACUGGGGGGAGGCAAUUAUGAUCUCAUGC